CGGGAAGGCGGAUAUUUUAAACGUUGUUCAAUAAAUAGAUUGCUCAAUAAAGACUGUUAAAUAUAUAUUGUUGGAGAAUUUUUUGGAAUUUAUAAAUAAAUAAGUACUAAUUUACAGCACGAAUAUACUUUGUACCUAUUGUUGUAGUACAACGGGGAGGAUUUCAAUCGUGUAUUCUAAUAUUAAUCUUAUGAUUUGUCUCAUUACUGAUUAUGCGGUGUAAAUUAAUAAAAUUGCGUAUCUGAUCUGCCUUUUGUAUCAUAUAAUUGAGGCUUAUACAACCGGGUUCAACAUGGCCUUAUCUAGAAUUUUUUCUCUUCGGAGUAGAAUGAAAUCGGUUAUUGAUACUACUAGUAACAAAUUAAGUGAGAUUGCUACACGGAUAGAGAAUUUCGAAACACCUGAGAAAAUUAAAGGGACAAUUUUGGAGCGCUGGGGAAAAUAUUGGAAGAAUUUAUAUAUUGACUAUAAGGAUGUUGCAAUUGAUGUCGCAAAAGAUUGCAGAGAACGUCCGAUACGUGCUACUUUCUAUUUUUCAACUCUUGCAUCCUGUUAUUAUUUUGCCAAGCAUAAUCCUGACGAAAGUUCCUAUCGCGAGCAGUUACUUCAGGACUCUAUUAAAGUGAUGACAGUUGGUGAAUCAAUACGAAAUCCAGAAACUGUACAACAUAUAAAGUGGAUCGAGCAGUGUUACAAUGAAGGUGUUAUACGACGAUUAAGUUUAGGAAUAAUUUCAUUUAUUUGGCUGGAUAAUUAUGAUGAGGUUUGUGCUCAUUACAAAGCCACUUGCUCAUAUUUGAAACCACGCUAUCUCACAUUUCAUGAGAGGAUAGUCGACAUAGGUUUUAUGGAUAAAUGGUGGAUACUUGAGAAGAAAAUGGUAAAUUAUGAUAUAAACGAAGCUGAGUUUGAAAACAGUACUCAUAAAAAUGUAGAAAAUAGUAUAUUACCAAGUUGAAAAUAGUAAUUAAAGAAUUAUUUGAGUUAUUAGCUUGUUUAUAAAUACAUAAUAUUUAUUUUAAUAAAUAAUCUUUGUAAAGGAUGGACAUAGAGCUAAUACGUUUAAAAAAAGAAUUAUUUCAUUUAAUAAACGAUUUCAUUACA